AUGGCAGGCGAUUUAAACGCAAAACAUACAAGCUGGAAAAAUACAAAUAACAAUCCACGCGGAUUAGCACUAAAAGCCUGGAUCGAUGCAAACUGUAUCCCUUACAAAAUAAGACUUUUAAGUACAAAAUAUCCCUCAUAUCCUAACGGCAAUUCGUAUCUGGAUAUUAUCCUAGCAGACGCGAGAUUAACGUUUCAUAAUAUCGAAGAUGAUUGCAGCUUAGACAACAUCCCAUAUGACAGUGACCACAACGCGGUAAAAUGCACAAUAUCCUUGAAAAAAGAGAAUGGAUUUGAACUAGAACCCAACUUAAUAAACUAUAAAUAUAACUUGAAGAAAACAAACUGGGAUAAAUUCAAUAAAGCGUUAGAAGAAGAAUACUCAAAUAACAUCCCUAGCGAUAGAAAUUUAACAAUACAGGAAAUACAUGAAUUCUUAGAAGAAGCUAACGCUAAAAUAUUAAACACCAUAGAAAAAGUAGUGCCAAAAAUAAAAGAAAAAGACUCAAUUAAUCCCUACCUAACUGAUAGAAUACAAAAAAUGCAAAAACAAAAAAAUAAAAUACUCACAAAAAUUCACCAUCAUAAAAGAAAAUGGCCAUUAACCAAUACAAGAAUAAUAACAAACUUAAAAAAAAAACUUGAAGAUAUUAGAACGGACAUAAAAAAAGCAUUUAAUACUUCAAUAAAUAACUACUGGGAAAACAAAAUCAAGAAUAUUCCAAGAAAAGAUUCUUCAAAGAUGUUCCCUCUAUUAAACAGCAUCUUUAGAAAAAAAGAUACCUUAGAAAUAGCCUCACUCAAAAUUCCAUCUAACUCCCCGCUCCUAAACAAAGCAGAAAUAGACACCACGCAUUAUGAAAAAGACGAAAAUGAUAAUAUCCUCAUAAACAAAUUAACAGAUAAGCUCAACAUCUUAGGGGCACAUUUUGCCGGCAUUAACAACAACAAAAUGGAAAACAACAGUCCCCAUCUCAACAAUUUAAUAAACAAGGAAACAAAAAACUUUUUUGAUAAAAUCCAAAAUGAAAGAUCCAAUGGCACGACAAUAUGUGAGUUCAACAAAGAAAAUAGAGCCGAUAACCCCAACAAAGUCGAAAAUUAUAAAAAUUACUUCACAAAUAUGCACGAUCUCACAAAAAGAUUCAGAAGCUUAAACAACAAGAAAUCAUUCGGUCUCGACAAAAUCCCUAACGUCGUCUUGAAAAAAAUUCCAGCAAACUUCAUCUAUAACUACGUUAUAAUUUUCAAUAAUCUAUUAAAUCAUUCUUACUUCCCAGAUAAUUGGAAAAAGGCGAAAGUAGUCCCAAUAUUAAAAAAAGGAAAAAAAAAAGAACACCCCACAAGUUAUAGACCCAUAUGUCUAGUCCCCAACAUUAGCAAAAUAUAUGAAACAAUAAUAAACGAUAAAAUUAUCGCUCUCUGUAACGAAAAAGAAAUUAUAUCAGAAGCCCAAUUCGGGUUCAGAUAUAAACACUCUACAAUACACGCAAUAAACAGAUUAACAUCAGACAUAAACUGGGCACUAAAUGGAAAAAAAUGCUUAGGUGCAUGUCUAAUCGAUCUGGAAAAAGCAUUUGACACCGUAUGGCUAGAAGGACUACUCUUCAAAUUAAUCAAAAAAGGAUUUCCUGAUCAUAUAAUCAAACUAAUAUGGAGCAUGAUCUCCAGCAGAUCAAUAAUCACAGAAAACGGAGGCACCUACUCUGAUAUAGUUUUUAAAAUCAAUAACGGAUUACAACAAGGAACAGUUAAUUCACCAAUACUCUUUAACAUUUACACAGCCGAAGUACUUAAACUAUUUAAUUUAAACACACCGAAAAAUCCUCAAGCAAUAGCAUUUGCUGACGAUUUAAUAGUAUAUGUGGCGGACAGCUGGCCCUCAAAAAUACAGGAGCACUUACAAAACGUAGUACAUAAUGCGUUAUAUCCUAAUCCAAUGUAUUACGAAAAAACACUAGCAACCGGAUUUAUACCCCCCGAAGGUUUUCUAUAUCUAGAUAACAAAGGGUACAUACAGGAUAUCAAAAACGUACCGAUAAUAUAUCAUUAUCCGAGACAUAACAAUAACAAGAAACUAGAAUACCCUAAAUUUUCGAGUAGCAACGAUACCAGCAUAGCAUGGCGUUACGAUACUACAAUACCGAACGAAGAAAAACUAAAAAAAAAGAUAAACAAAUCAAAAUAUUGGUGGCUCAAUGAGAUAUGA